CAAAAUUGACGGGGACCCUCUUCUCCCUGCUUCCGACGUUUUGCGGGGGCCAACGGGGGAUAUUCUGACCUCGGUUUAUUUCCUGUCACCCUAAACCCCCCCUGUCAACGAGGCACCAUGGCCCAGUCCAACGAUCUCACUACCUACAUUCCCCCUUUUGCGAAACCGCUCGCUCCUUACGUCAAGCCCCGUCAGGAAGCUCUCCACAUCCGCCAGCGGGUGCCUGAGACCCGACCUGUCGAAGCGGCCGAUCGGCAGGAACCUGGCGCCGACCUGCGAGAUUAUCUCCAGCUCCUGCGUGAUCGGCAGCGGCAUACCAAGCUUCAGGUGUUUCAGUAUUACCUAGAGGAAUUGAGAGCGAAAGAGGCGGACGGAUCGAAAGAUAUGGAAAUCGAAGAAGAUUCGAGUCAUCAACAAAUCCUACUGUUACCAGAGGGGCCCGAUGCAAAUGUGCCGGGUCACAAUGGCGCGGAGAUUGAUUUGGAGGACCUGGUACACAAGCUUGAGAGGGCGGUCGUGCGUGCCCGAGCUCGAUUGGACCAGGAGAAGCAUUUAUUCGAGAAAAUCAAGGUACAACAUGCCUCGAGGAAUGAUGCGUCGCCAGACGAGGUCACUCCAGCUGUCAAAGCACGGGCAUUGCAACGGACACGCGAUGAGCUGGUACAAUGGGUCGAGGAAAGGUUAUUCAGUGAAGGUGAUCCGGAUGAAAGCCUUAUACAAGACCUCCCUCCCGAAGAAAUCGAAGAAGCCCAACGACUUCUGGAGCAGCAGAAAACACAGAUCAGCACACAGUAUGCUCUAUACCUUCAAGCACGACGAGAUCUCCUCGGCGCUGCCUCGCGCGCCUGCCAACCCGUGGUCGUGACCUCAAAACCACCUCCGCGACAAACCUACAGAAACGAAAUGAUCUCAGAGGAGGUACCAGCGCCAGACCCGCUGGACGUUCUAUCCUACACCAACGAGACCCUGAUACCACUUUCCAAGUGCCAAAAGGCCCUCGCCCUUCAGAAAACCUAUCUCACCGGCCUCCUUGCAAAGGAAAAAUCCACUACUCUCCGCGCCCUCCACCGUCUCUCUGACGAAAGCCACCUCCUCCCCGAAUACCCCAUCCUCGCCCGACAGCCGCGCUUUAAACACGCCGUCGCAGCCCUUAACCCGCGCCAUGCCCCCAAGUCCACCGACAGACCCCAGCCUGACGAAGUAGUCGAACUGGCCGAAGCAUGGGCCUUUGCUUCUGACGCUGCGGCGACCAGUGAGCGAGAGUACGUACAACAAAAAGUGCUGCUGGGUACGGAGGUUGCUCAGGAUGCGCGCAAAUUGUUGGGUGACGUUUACGGUACUCUCAAUCAGGAUCUGAACGAGGUUUUGCGCGGUGGGACUGAGCAGGAUCCGGACGUGUCUGACAUAUGGGCCUCAGAGGCUCGGUCAACACGUGGCACUGGAAUGGGGUUAUCGGGGGGCUCUAGGUUGGAGAAACGGCUGAAGGGCCCUUGGUCGGGCUUAAAUGGGCGUGUCGGGAUCGAGUGAGUCUGGGGAGAUGUCGGGCUGUACAUGUUGCCAACUCGACUUGCAUUGAAGAUGUUGAUCCGACGUCAACAUGACUAUAUAUGGUCAAAUUGACACGUCUCAUUACAAAUUCUAUCCACCACAUUUA